CACCAUCCGCACGAUCUCUCUAAUGGAUCGCCAUACAAAAGUGCCUGUGUUUUUCAUUCCAAAAUCUGCUUCUGUGCAUCCCACUUAGCACCUUUUAUUAGUGCCAAUUAAGAAUAAUUCCAUGAUGCGUUCCGUAAGCUAUUUCUGACGAGAUUACAGCCUCAGACUGCCCCGAACUAGAUAAUCAACCGCAGAGAAUUUCGCGGCGUGUGUCGCUGACAUUGAAUCCGAGAAGCUGACAACACUCCAAGUUUUCCAAGUCAGCGACUGCGGUUAGUUAAACGCGAGACCUCCAAGUGCUCGGUGUAUAUUCUGGGAACGUGAAAAUGGGAAAGGCAACGAAGCUAGAGAUUUCCAGUCGCGAGUCGGAAAAGCCAGCAGAGCAGUGGGGCAAUGGCCUAGAGUUUCUCUUCUCCUGCAUCUCGUUAUCCGUGGGCCUGGGCAAUAUCUGGCGGUUUCCGUACAUUGCCUUCCAGAAUGGCGGCGGCACCUUUGUGAUUCCCUACCUGAUUGCCCUUCUGGUAAUUGGUCGUCCUGUCUACUACCUGGAGAUCUCUCUCGGCCAGUUCACCGGACGCGGCGUAGUCAAGGCCUUUGACAUGGCUCCCCUACUGAAGGGCGUGGCGGUGGGCCAAGUCCUGGCCACAGCUGCCUCCAUUACGUACUAUUCGAGCAUUAUGGCUCUGACUUUGAGGUUCCUUUUGGCCUCCUUCGGCGCCAAGUUGCCUUGGAGUCGCUGCUGGGAGAGCUGGGGCAGUGAUUGCCACGAUGGCAGUGUCCAGAAUGCCACAGGGAAGAUGUCACCAGCUCAGCUGUACUUUGAAAGAGAAAUCCUCCAUGAACUGCCCAAUAUCGACAAUGGCUUAGGUCUGCCCAACUGGCAGUUGGUUGCCUGCUUGGCUGUGGCCUGGCUUAUAAUCGGUGGAGUCCUGAUUCGUGGCAUCAAGAGCAGUGGCAAGGCAGCCUACUUCCUGGGCGUGUUUCCAUAUGUGGUGCUUGUGAUCCUCCUCCUGAGAGCUGUGACCCUGCCUGGAGCUAUGGAUGGCAUUAUAUACUUCUUUAAGCCACAGUGGCGGGAGCUAUUGAACCCAUUGGUCUGGUAUGCGGCCGUGACUCAGGUCUUUUUCUCCUUAGCCAUCUGCUUUGGCACUUUGAUCACCUAUGCCAGCUACAAUAACUUCAAUAGGAAUGUGUACAACGACAUUGUGAUAAUCACCACCAUGGACUCCUGCUCGUCCAUCAUUGCCGGUUGCAUCACAUUCGGAAUUCUGGGUAAUCUGGCCCGCGAGACCGGAGUCUCGGAUAUUGGCAGCGUGGUGAAGGGCGGCGCCGGGUUGGCCUUCAUCUCGUAUCCGGAGGCCAUUGCCAAGUUCGAGUAUGUGCCACAGAUGUUCGCUGUCCUUUUCUUCCUCAUGCUCUUUGUCCUAGGCAUCGGCAGCACCGUGGGCAUGGGGUCCUGCAUCCUGCGGGCUAUCCGGGAUCACUUGGGGUCGUCGCGUUCGCCGCCCAUCUGGAUGCUGGCCAGCGGGCUGGCUGUCCUGGGCUUUGGCGUGAGCAUUGUCUACAUGACCCCGGGCGGUCAGUUUAUCCUGAAUCUGGUGGACUUUUAUGGCGUGUCCUUUACAGCCUUAAUACUGGCCAUUGGCGAGCUUAUAGCAGUUGCUUGGAUAUAUGGAGUUAAUCGCUUUUGCUCCGACAUCAAGUUCAUGAUGGGCAUCGAGACGGGCUGGUAUUGGCGGAUCUGCUGGCGCUUCAUUACUCCGGGCCUGAUGACCGCCGUGCUCAUCUACAUGCUGCAGGACAUGUCCGCUCUGACGUACAAGGGCGUGGCCUAUCCCACCUUGGCUCACGUUUUUGGCUGCUUUCUGGCCGCCUUUGGGCUAAUACAACUACCCGGCUGGGCUUUGUACGCCGUCUAUAAACAGCGUGGCCAACAAGGAACCUUCUGGCAGAGAGUACGUGCCGCCAGCAAGCCAUCGGACACUUGGGGACCGGCCAACGUUCAGCUGGAAGUCAGCAUCUAGAAAAUUAGCUAAUCCCCGGCUAACCCUGCGUAUACGUAAUGGCCCCAAAGUAGUAGAAGAGUAGAAGUUGUUGUCUGGGGCAUUAUUAUUUGAUAUGGGCAGCAGUAUAGGAGUAGCAGCAUAUAAUGUGGAAAUAUAUAUUAAAACUCGAAAAAGCUACGAA